UCCUCUCCUUAUUCUCUUCUUUGUUCACUACAAUCCCUUGACCUACUAUUUAUACCUCUCUGGUAGCUGCUGCUCUGCUACCACCACCUGUUGCUGUUAAAGUUAGAGAAAGCAUGAGGAUGAUGAUAGAGUUGGGCAACCAGAGUGGUACCCUCCCUAUAAUGGACGCUCCAACCUCUGUAGACUGUGGCAGGGAAGUUCGCUUCCGCAGAUCCUUUAGGUCCCUCGUCGAAUGCAUGGUCCCCUGCUGUGGAUUCCAACCAUCCGAUUCCCUUUCCGGCGACACCGAUUCUAUCCACGCCUCCACCGUAACCGGCACCAUCUUCGGCUAUAGAAAAGGUCGCGUUAGUUUUUGCCUCCAGGACGAUACCCGCAGCUCUCCUCUUCUACUUCUUGAGUUUGCAGUUCCUACCGCAUGCCUAGCCAGGGAGAUGCAGUACGGUCUGCUCCGUAUAGCUCUAGAGUGUGACCGACAAAAGGAGAGGUCCAGCUCUUGCUCCAUCUUCAACGUACCGGUGUGGUCCAUGUACUGCAAUGGGAGGAAGGUUGGUUUUGCCAUCAGGAGGCCAAUGACGGUGAACGAUGUGGGUGUUCUCAAGAUGAUGCAGUCGGUCUCCGUAGGUGCAGGAGUUUUGCCGGUGGCGCCCCAGUCUGAGGAUGGAGACCUCAUGUAUCUACGUGCCAGUUUCGAAAGAGUCAUUGGUUCUGCCGACUCAGAAUCUUUUCACAUGAUUAAUCCUGUUGGGAGUUCUGGGCAAGAACUAAGCAUAUUUCUCUUGAGAUCAUGACUACAACUUCAUUUCGCUCCAUAUUUAAAAAUGUAUUUAUAAAAAUUUUUUCUUCUUCUUGAUUAAAUAGCUCAUCUGCAUAUGUAAAAUAUUUUUUCUUUUUAUA